AUGCGUGCUGGAGCAACAGGGGCUUCAGUAGGGGUCGUAUUUACAUCAGUACACCACAACGUCGCCUUCUGAAAAUAAAGAGUGUUAUUGCAAAAACCACAUCUUAACUGAUGCGAAAACGUGCGUCUCUGACACAUCAAGCAUUCCCAGUUAAACGCGUACGUACGCUCAAGUCGUCUACGUCUGUUUAAUGCCCUAGUUAUUUUCUUCACAGCUUGCACCCAGAAAAGGAACGUCUCGUGACAGGACAGGGGUGGCAAGGGCUCCGUUCGCGACUCACAAGCCCACAUCUAUCGCAACCGGAGUGAUGGGUGGCAAUGCAUGAUGCAGAAGACGAUGCAGAAUGAAUAAUGUAGACGGGCAUCGGAGUCCGUAGCGUCUAAAGUCUGUGCCCUAAGCGAAAACACGGACGCUGGAAAGAAACCCACGUCGCUUUCUUCUCAUUUAAGUCGACUUUCGAGCAUGGAAACGGGUCUGGUGGCGAAUCACCAAGUGAAAAAUGUUGGAAGCGGAGAUCCCCCUCCUUCGCCUCAUCGUCGCACACCUCCACAGCAACAGUCGCAAGCACUCCAUCAUCAGCCACAGCAGCAGCACCGAGCCAUUCACAACAAUAACAACAACAGCUUCAGCAGCCCGACACCCGCUCGCGGAGAUUUUGGAAAUCGACAGCAUGGAGGGAAGGACACCGCUUUGGAGAAACGAGUCGAGCACUCUCCGCGUCUGCUGAAUACAAGCGACGAGGAGGAUCGGUCGUCCACGAUCGGUUUUGAUCGGAUGGGCAGCAGGCACGAGCACUCCAACUUUGGACCGACGAGCGGCAGCGGCAACAACAGCAGCCGGAGCGACGGCGUUGGCAACACGUCCGAAAGCGGUAACAGCGCCGUUUCCGAGUUUAAUCAUUAUUACGGGAAUGGAAGAGGAGGGCCUAGCUUUGAUCAACAUGGCGGACAACAAAGCCCUCGGACUGCUUUAAUGCAUUCGGCACAGGGCAACAUGGAUCAAGUGCAAAACUCCCACGACGGGUACCAUAACAAUCCGUACAACCACUAUCCCAACUACCGGCAGGGGUACGCUGGGGCUGGAUACGGGAUGAUGAGCCCGUCACGGCAGGGGAGCAUGAUGGGCCCAGGUAACAAUUUGCCUACUGCUGCUAGCCACGACAAGGUUGCUAUGGCCUCCACCACCCCGGCUCCCGGUGCUAAUGUUGGGGGCUUUCAGAGGUUUCCUUCACAGAACCAACAGCACCCUUCAGGAGCGACACCCACCCUGAAUCAGCUUCUGACAUCCCCGAGUCCGAUGAUGCGGGGAUACGGCAGCGGCUAUCAAGAUUACAGUAACCCUCAGCCGCAGCAGAGCGCUAUGGGUCUGGGGAAAGACCCGUACAGUCCUUCUGCCGGUCACAGCUGGGGGACACAACUAAGAAACCACCCGGCUAUGAGCCCCGGCAAUAACGGGAACGGCAGAGCUCAGGUGGCGCCUAUGGAUCCGAUGGCCAUGAAGCGUUCUCAGAUGUACGGGAUGGGCAACAGCCCCUAUUCUCAGUCAGGCGGCACUUAUCCAGGACAGCCGUACGGAUCACCCACCCCUCAUCGAUACCCGAUGGGAAUUCAGGGGCGUGGCCAGGUCGGCCUGGGAGGGAUGCAGUAUCCUCAGCAACAGCAGAUGCCGUCGCAGUAUGGGCCUCAAGGCAUAGGUGGCUACUGCCAACAGGGGCAACCCCCGUACUUCAGCCCCCCACAACAGCAGCCUGCCGCCCCCUCUCAGCCCCCUUACAUGCAGCAGCGGGGUCCGGCACAGCAGGAUGCCCUGCAGGAGGGAUACGGCAGCAGGGGUCAACCUGGAAAACCCAACCAUGAUGACAUGGGUCUUGCUCAACAGGACCGCCCAUCAAGCCUCCCGGAUCUGUCUGGCUCUAUCGAUGACCUCCCCACAGGAACAGAGGCCGGUCUCAGCUCGGCCGUCAGCGCUUCGGGUUCCACCAGUAGCCAGGGCGAGCAAAGUAACCCCGCCCAGUCACCUUUUUCACCCCACGCCUCUCCUAGAGUCCCCAGCAUGCGCAGCGGGCCUUCGCCCUCACCGGUCGGCUCACCCGUUGGUUCCAGCCAAUCACGUUCUGGGCCCAUAUCACCUGCCAGCGGGCCAGGUACACAGAUGGCCCCUCAGACCCCAGGGAAUGUUCCAGAUGUAGGCUCCAGCCACAGUCAGUCGCCCAUGUCUCAAGACAGAGGAUUUGCACCUAACAUGCAGCGCAACACACCUGGUCCUCAGUACGGAUCCCAGCAGCCUGGACCCUCGAUGUCCCCACAUUCCUGUCCUACGGGCCCUAUGCAUCACAGUGUGGGCUCCUAUCAGAUGGCCCCUUCAUACGGUCCCCAGAGCAGCCAGUAUGGCCCUUCAGGAAACUUCCCACGGCCUCCUAAUUAUGGAGGGACACCUGGUGCCAACAACAGUGGCCCCGGCCCAGGCAUGGGCAACAGUCUCGGUAUGAAUGCCAGCAGUCCAAUGCACGGGCAGGGUCCCGGGCAACCCUGUGGGUCCAUGACCACAGCUCGAGGACCGGGGCAGUCAAGCGGAGGCCGGCCGUACCCAGCCGGAUCCAGCAGCAUGGCUCCAACGUCUCCUAACAUGCCUCAGUCUGCUGGCCCAGGGAUGGGUCCGCCUCCACCCAACGUCAGCCGCAAACCGCAUGAGAGCGGCCCCGCACCUGCCCAGCAGAACCCGACGCCCUCGGGCCAGCCCAGGCCUCCCUUUGCCAGAUCCCCCGUGUACCCCGGCCUGUGUGGGCCUGGGGGGCGGACCCCUCACCCCCAUCACCCCCACUACAGUUCUGGGCAGGGCCAAGCGCAGCCGCACUCUGAGCUGUAUGGGCCAGGCGGGUAUCAGGGUGGUUCCUAUAUGCUUGGAAUGGGCCCCGGAGGUCCGUACAACCAUCCACCGUGCAACAGCUCAGCCAGGAUGACCCCUCAAGGGCCCUCCUACAACACCCUGCCCCCCACAGGGCACUUGACUGGCUCAGGAGAUGCCAUGAUUCCCAUCGAUCCCAAACAGAGACCUGAGCACAAGGAGGAGGGCAGCACACCCACCACAGAGCCCCCCAAGCCAAAGGACAGCUACGGCUCUCAGUGCGUGUCCCAGCCUCCCACCCCGUCCCCUCUGUCCCCAAGCCCAGCUAGUUUGUCCUCCUAUCAGGGGGAUGACAGCGAUAGCAUUAGUAGCCCUGCCUGGCAAAAGAACCCCAGCAGCCCUAAGCAAAGUUUGGGGAACAUGACGAGUGAGAAGAUAACACGACUCUAUGACAUGGGCUGUGAGCAGGAGAGGACGGCUUGGGUGGAUCGCUACAUUGCCUUCAUGGACGAGAGGGGCACACCUGUUCCCAGUCUGCCGUUGGUGGGCAAAAAGCCAUUGGAUCUGUGCCGCCUGUACCUCCGUGUUCGAGAGAUCGGUGGCCUGGCAAUGGUAAAUAAGAACAAGAAAUGGAAAGAGCUGUCCGGUCACUUGAAGGUGGGGACGUCCAGCAGUUCAGCCAGUUCUCUGAAGAAACACUAUAUCCAGUACCUGUUUGCUUACGAGUGCAAAGUGGAGCGCGGAGAGGAGCCCCCGCCCGACGUCUUCGCCACGGGAGAGAGCAAGAAGCAACCGCAACAGGCCAAGAUCCAGCCACCCUCACCUGCAAACUCAGGCUCUCUUCAGGGCCCCCAGACCCCUCAAUCGACCGGCAGCAGCACUAUGACAGAGAUGCCCGGCGACAUAAAGCCUCCCACACCAGCUACCACACCCCACGGACAAGCCACUCUUCAGCCAAGUGGCAGAAGCAGUGGGGUGAGUGUACAAGACCCCUUUUCUGAAGGUAGUGACCCGGCCUUCCAGAAGCGAAACACCAUGCAUGGAGGCAGUGGUGAUGCCAGCUCUAGAAUGCAGUUUGACCCUAGUAAGGAGCCCUAUGGAGCCCCCAGAAAAGGUGGUUCUGACCCCUACAUGACUGGGCAGAUGCCUGCCAGUAACAUGCAGGAUAUGUAUCCACGUGGACCACCUUCAGGAAUGGGUAUGGGCUCACGACACCAAUAUCCCUAUAAUCCUGGCUUUGAGAGGAGGCCAGACCAUGUCAUGGGUGCAGAGGGUGGAAUUGUGCCCCCUGGAAAUCAAAACAACCUGGUGCCUUCCAACAGUGAUCCCAGCAUGUACUCAGGCAGUAGAUACCCCUCCCAUCAAAGACAUGGACAUGACGGUUAUGGGCAGCAGUACCCACACAACAUGCCGUACGGGAUGUAUCCCCAGCAGCAGGGUUACAAGCGGCCUGGUGAAGGGAUGUAUGGACCUCCAUCUAAGCGGCAUGAGAGCGAAGCCUACGGUAUGCAAUACGGUGGCCAGCAGCCUGACAUGUAUGGCCAGUAUGGCUACCCAGAUCGCAGGCCCAUGCAAGGCCCCUUCUCUUACCCAUAUGGACGUGAUCGCAUGCAGGCUGGCGGGCAGGGACUUCCCCAGCACAGCAUGAUGAGUGGUGGACCACCCCCAGGCUCCAAUUCCAGCGGUGGACCCCAGGGGAACAUGUGGCACACCAGGCCCGACAUGAACUACCCUUACCCCGGCCGGCAGGGCCAUGGGCCACCCUACCACUCCAUGAGCCGUGCGGAUGAUCCAGAAGCCAGGAUCAACCAGGACAGUCAGUGGCCUGUUCAGCGCCAAUCCCCAUACCCACCACACUCUUCCUCCUCUUCCAGUUCCAUGGCCCCCAUGAUUAGCCGGCAACCGCCAUCUUCCUACCAAUCUCCUCCAACUAUGGCAAACCACAUAUCCAGAGUCCCAAGCCCUGCGCCAUUUCCUCGGCCUGUGGGUGGUUCUAUGUCACCCAAUAAGACUCAUAUGAUGACCUCUAUGAAGCAGAUGCAGAAGCCCAGUGGCCUGGGCUCGAUGCCAAGCUCUCAGAGUGGUGGCCUUCCUGGCCCUGGCUUCCCAGCAAUCCAUCGGGAGUUCAGUUUUCCGAUGGACUCGGUGGAGGCUACGCAGCCCCAGCUUAAACCCCGUCGAAGGUUAACAUCCAAAGACAUUGGCACACCGGAGGCUUGGCGUGUGAUGAUGUCUUUGAAGUCCGGUUUGCUCGCAGAGACCACAUGGGCCCUAGAUACUAUAAAUAUCUUGCUGUAUGAUGAUAGCACAGUGUCUUCCUUUACCUUAUCCCAGUUGCCCGGUUUCAUGGAGAUCAUCGUUGAGUAUUUCAGAAGGUGUUUAAUAGAGAUCUUUGGCAUCCUGGAGGAGUAUGAAGUUGGCACAGAGGGUCAGAAAACUCUUCUUGGUCCCUGUUCAGAGCCCACAGAGAAAGAUCGACCUUCCAGUCAAGACCUAAAAAGCCAAUCUGAAGAGGUGGACAAGCGAUUGGACGUGAACUCGGAGAAACCUCAGUCCAGCGGUUCAGCAACAGCAGACGCUGUGGAGAAGACACAGGAAUCCACGGAGGGAAAAGAUGACCCAUGUUCUCCAUUGGAGCCUAGACCUAAGCAAGCCAGUAAAUUUGACAAGCUGCCCAUUAAGGUCGAGGAGAGGGAGGCCGUGGCUGAUCUAGUGGAGGAUCGGUCCGAGCUGCUAGGCCUGGUUGGGGAGUUCACCAGCGGCCUGCUACACUGGAAGGCUGGCGGAGGGGACUCCACCACUCACAUCCAGACGUACUUCGAGAGAUGUGAAGAGAAGGAAGAAUGCAAGCCUUUGGAGAAUCAGCAAAAUGUGGAGGAGCAUGCAAAAGACACAUCUGAAGAGAAGCCCACCGGGGAAGAGGAGUUGAAAAGAGACGUUCCAGGACCCUCAGAGGAAAUUGUCACUGCCACUGUUGAUGACCUGUUAAGUUCUUGGCCCGGGUCUUUAGCGAAAGGUGAAACUCAGACGUUCCCCUUCCGCACUAGAGAGAAGCUGGGCAGCAUCACUUUGCUGGAGGACGAGCCCCGCUGCUGGGACGAAGCACCUCUUUCAGUAGCAGAAGGCUGGCAGGAUGAAUUGGCAAGGCGCUGCAUUUGCGUGUCCAAUAUCAUUCGCGGACUUUCCUUCGUCCCUGGUAAUGACAGCGACAUAGCUCGGCACCCAGGUUUGGUGCUCAUUCUCGGCAAGCUUGUGCUUUUGCACCAUGAGCACCCCAAGAGAAAAAGGAUGCCGCCUACGUACCAGCGCGAGGAAGAGAGAGGUCUGGCUUGCAGCAAGGAUGAAUGGUGGUGGGACUGUCUCGGUGCCUUGCGUGAGAACACCUUGGUCACGCUAGCCAACAUUUCAGGACAGCUUGACCUGUCCAUUUAUCCAGAAAGUAUCUGCCUUCCCAUCCUGGACGGACUGCUCCACUGGAUGGUGUGUCCUUCUGCGGAGGCCCAGGACCCCUUCUGCACGGCCAACGGCUUCUCCUCGCUCACGCCACAGAGACUGGUCCUGGAGUGUCUGUGCAAGCUAAGCAUCCAAGACUCUAACGUAGACCUUCUGCUGGCCACACCCCCUUUUAGCAGACAGGAACGCCUCUUCGCCUCAUUGGUGUGGCACGUGGGCGAACGUAAGAGUCAGGUUUGCCGUGAGAUGGCCGUGGCGGUUCUCUCCAACCUCGCACAGGGCGACCCUACGGCUGCCCGAGCCAUCACCCUUCAGAAAGGCAGUGUGGGAGCUUUGAUAAGCUUCCUGGAGGACAGCGUUGCCAUGGCACAGUAUCAACAAAGCCCUCACAGUCUCUUGCACAUGGGACACCCCACCCACCCUGAGCCACCCAGCAUCAACAUGAUGUGCCGGGCUGCCAAAGCCCUGCUAGCCAUGGCCCAGGUGGAGGAAAACAGGCCCGAGUUUGUGCUCUACGAGAGCAGGCUGCUCGAUAUCUCUCUGUCCUCCGUGCUGAACUCUGGUGUGGCGGCCAUCUUGUGUGAGGUACUGUUCAAGCUCGGCCGCUCGUGACACGCACAAAGGAGCGGGAGCCUGUAGUGCCAUCACGGAACCGGCCGGUCAAGCUGAGCCACAGAGAUCACACGGAACUGUCGGUGUUAUAUUUUUAUUUAAGGAAAAGAAUACAAACAAAAAUGUUUUUACAUACAAAUAAAUAUAUAGAGAAUAUAUAUAGCUCCUCUGCCCCAUUUCCCAGUUUUCAUUUUGGAUUUUUAAAUGAUUUUAAUACAAAUAUUUAAUACUUGGUCUUUUCGUUUUUUUUCUAUUCUUUCUUUUUUUAAAGAUUUUGUUUCAUCUGUGUAUUUUAUUUUGUUCGUUUAACCAAAGUUGGCAUCUGAUACCAUUAGUUUUAAGAGUAUUUUGCUCUCAGAAUGUUUGUUUUAUGCAGUGUGGUUUUUUUUAUGGGACUUUGUUCGGGGAAUGCAGGUUUAUUUAAAUUGUGAGACGUUGUAGAUAUUGCAAUGUGUUGCGAUAAAAGAAAAAACACAAAAAAACACUGAUUUUAAGAUGUACAUGUAUACAGCUCUGAUAAAAGCAUUGUGCAAUAGUUUUUAGCUGGCUCAGAGGGGACAUGAAAUGAUGAAAUGUGAAUCACCACAGGCCGUGUUCAGAAAGGACUAUCAGUGUUGCACUGUUUCACCACACCAGUAUCUGAGGGUCAAGUGAGUGUUGGUUGUGAACUGACUUGCUUCCAUAUUAGUGCAGCCGCAGAGGGUUGUAUCUCUGACGGUGAACUCAGUGCUUCGGUUACCCCUCCUCUCUGUUCUAUACACGUGGGUCGAUUUGUAUAUAGGAACUGUACAUUAAAUGGCCCCUUUUCAUGUAUUUUUUUCUCCAAGAGAUGUGGUAUUAUACAAAGUGAGUAGUAAAUGCUACAUGCUAUUGACAUUUUGCCAAAUAAUAUAAAAUCGUCAUUUUCAGGUGAGGGUGGUCAUGUGACAUGUAAGGGGCUGUUCACACGGGAUACGUUCUCGUGUGGAAUUUUCACCAUUUUUUGGUCUGUGUACACUUGCCAGAUGGACGGAACAGCAAUUUUUGGGUUGUAGAAUAGUUCAAAAGUCCAAUGUCAGAUUUAAAGUAAAGGACCAAUCUGGGGAAUGGAUUUUAACGUUUAAGUUAUUGUGUAUGUGAGAAAAUAUUGUAUGGGAAGUAGUGCACCAAUAAAUGCUCCCCUUUUAUAACGUAAGAACGCAUUCCAUGUGAACGCCUCCGAGGACUUUCCUGUGUGUCCUGUAUUGGACGUCUGUGUGACAGAAAUAGCAAUGGCUCCCUCUAAUGGCCUUAGAUUUUGUAAAUGACAGGCUAACUGAACGUCUGCUGGCGUAAAUGUACUUCAAUGUGAAAAUGAAAGUUACCCCAAUAUGACUUCUAUGAUUUUAACAAAAAAGUAUGUACAACUCUUUAUGUAAGCUCUUUUUGCUCCUUAUGAUUUGAUGACCAUUGUUUAUUCAGUAUAAAGUCUUUAUACAUGUUCCACAUGUUAAAAGUAAAUGUACACGAAAUUUGGUCGACCACUGUGAAUGUUGUUCUUGAGUGUUGUGUCGGAGGGUUCAAACAUAACACUGAACAUGCCAAAAAACGUUUCGUUACAAUAAUAUAUUAUAGUUGUGUCCAUUCAAUUCAUUGUGACUAAUCGAUUGCAAAAUAAUGGUUGUGUUACGUAAUAUAUGUCUGUGUACUCUGCAUAUUAACUUUGUAUUUAUAAACAUACAUAAUACAGUACAAGCAUAUAUUUAAGAAAAAAUAAACGAUAUAUA